AUGAAGACAAGGCAGGCAAAGAUCACCGCCUCCACACGACUGCAGCAGCGGACCCUAGACUACUUUUUUGGGCACAACGGCACCACAGCGCCUGUGGCGCUUGAUGGGGUGAGUCGCGAGUGUUGCUGCGUCACCCUGCCCUGGUCUAAGGAAAAUCGAUGUCUUGGGGAUGCCGGUCAACUCUGCAGCGCCUGGGGCGUUAUUAUGGCCAUUUUGGCAAGAGAUGCCUCUCAAAACACGAUGGAUCUUCAGAUUUUGUUGCAGAGACUUUAUCUUCAUGACUCCUUUGAACGCGUCUCCUCUACGUUUCACUUUGGAGCUCUUUGUUAUGUAAUUGACCACAUCAUGGACUCCUCGGAACGUGCCGCCUUUUUCGAUGUCACGUUGCCGUGGAUGAAGCGCCUCAUGCGUGAAGGCCCCUGUGAGCCUCCCGCAUGA